AUGGGAUUCGCCCGCUUCCUCUUCAUUGUGGGUUUGCUUCAUGUGACGCCUUUCUUCUGCUACAGCCAGAUGGAUCCCAUGGCUCUUGGCCGAGCUGAUCCCAAAUGUUGGGAAUCCUCCUCGGCCGUCUUGCUGGAGAUGAGGAAGCCGCGUGUUUCUGACUCUGUCAGUGGCUUUUGGGAAUUCAUGAUCUUCCUGAAGUCGUCUGAGGACUUGAAGCACGGGGCUCUGUUUUGGCACCUGGCACAGAUCUUCUGGGAUAUCUACAUGGACUGCGUACUCUCCAGAACCCACGGCUUAGGGAAAAGGCAGCUGGCGGAAGCCCAGAGACGAACUGCAGCUCUCCCGUCUUGGCUCAUAUUGAGUAAGCAAGGCAUCUUUUCACAAAUUCAGAUGACUCCUCUAUGGAAGAAGAAAGAACUGAAAGAAGACAUAAUAAGAAUCCAUGUGCACAAGAGCAGGUCUGGUUCACACAAAAGAAUUACUGGAUAUUUAAGAAUGAAGGUGAAACUCUUCUAG